GGCCCCGCCCCGCCGCCCGGGCGCCUAGCCCCGGCCCCGGCUGGUUUGCUGGCACUCGCCGGCGCUCGCCCGGCUCGCCCGCGUCCGCGCUCGCCCCGCGCGCUGCAGCCAUGUGUCCCCGAGCCGUGCGAGCGCCCGCGCUGCUGCUCCUCGCGCUGGGCGCGUCGUUGUGGCCCGCGGCCGGCGCCUGGGAGCUCACGAUCCUGCACACCAACGACGUGCACAGCCGGCUGGAGCAGACCAGCGAGGACUCGAGCAAGUGCGUCAAUGCCAGCCGCUGUGUGGGCGGCGUGGCUCGGCUCUUCACCAAGGUGCAGCAGAUCCGCCACUCCGAGCGCAACGUGCUGCUGCUGGACGCCGGGGACCAGUACCAGGGCACCAUCUGGUUCACCGUGUACAAGGGCACCGAGGUGGCGCACUUCAUGAACGCCUUGCACUACGAUGCCAUGGCAUUAGGAAAUCAUGAAUUUGAUAAUGGUGUAGAAGGACUGAUUGAUCCACUCCUCAAAGAGGCCAAGUUUCCAAUUCUGAGUGCAAACAUUAAAGCAAAGGGACCACUGGCAACUCAAAUAUCGGGACUUUACUUGCCGUACAAAAUUCUUUCUGUUGGUGGUGAAGUUGUGGGAAUUGUUGGAUACACUUCAAAAGAGACCCCUUUUCUCUCAAAUCCAGGAACAAACUUAGUAUUUGAAGAUGAAAUCACUUCAUUACAACCUGAAGUAGAUAAGCUAAAAACUCUAAAUGUGAACAAAAUUAUUGCACUGGGACACUCUGGUUUUGAAAUGGAUAAACUCAUCGCUCAGAAAGUGAAGGGUGUGGAUGUCGUGGUGGGAGGACACUCCAACACAUUUCUUUACACAGGCAAUCCACCUUCCAAAGAGGUGCCUGCUGGGAAGUACCCAUUCAUAGUCACCUCUGACGAUGGGCGGAAAGUUCCUGUGGUCCAGGCCUAUGCUUUUGGCAAAUACCUAGGCUAUUUGAAGAUUGAGUUUGAUGAAAAAGGAAAUGUCAUCUCUUCACAUGGAAAUCCCAUUAUUCUAAACAGCAGCAUUCCUGAAGAUCCAAGCAUAAAAGCAGACAUUAACAAAUGGAGGAUAAAAUUAGAUAAUUAUUCCACCCAGGAACUGGGGAAAACCAUUGUCUAUCUGGACGGCUCCACCCAAUCAUGCCGCUUUAAAGAAUGCAACAUGGGCAACCUGAUCUGUGAUGCGAUGAUUUACAACAACCUUAGACACGCAGAUGAAAUGUUCUGGAACCAUGUGUCCAUGUGCAUUUUAAAUGGAGGUGGCAUCCGUUCGCCCAUUGAUGAGCGGAACAAUGGCACGAUUACCUGGGAGAACCUGGCUGCUGUGUUGCCCUUUGGAGGCACAUUUGACCUAGUCCAAUUAAAAGGCUCCACCCUGAAGAAGGCCUUUGAGCACAGCGUGCACCGGUAUGGCCAGUCCACUGGAGAGUUCCUGCAGGUGGGCGGAAUCCACGUGGUGUAUGAUCUUUCCCGAAAACCUGGGGACAGAGUAGUCAAAUUAGAUGUGCUUUGCACCAAGUGUCGAGUGCCCAGUUACAGUCCUCUUAAAAUGGAUGAGGUAUAUAAGGUGAUCCUCCCGAACUUCCUGGCCAAUGGUGGAGAUGGAUUCCAGAUGAUAAAAGAUGAAUUAUUAAAACAUGACUCUGGUGACCAAGAUAUCAACGUGGUUUCUACAUACAUCUCAAACAUGAAAGUAAUUUAUCCAGCACUUGAAGGUCGGAUCAAGUUUUCUGCAGGAAGUCAUUGCCAUGGAAGCUUUUCUUUAUUAUUUUUUUCAUUUUUGGCAGUGAUCUUUGUUGUAUACCAAUAGCCAAAAAUUCUCCAUGCCGUUAAGGUGUGAAACUGCAUUUUUUUCAAGUGAGAUUCAAAUCUGCCUUUUAGGGCCUGGCUUUGUGAUUACAGACCAUCCUUGCAGCUCCUAGAAGCUGAAGCUUAUAGCACUGUAAAAGGAAGAGACUGUCAUUAUCACUCAGGGUCAGCAACACAGUGAAUUAGACAGAAAAAAAAUUAACAUAGGGCCCUCCCUAUGAGGAGAAAGCCAACCACCUUUAGUUUCGUAUCCAAAUUUUAAUAAAAUUUUAUUAACAAUUUUAAACCGUAGAUAAAGUUUUUCUCCAUUAUAUCCAUUUCUAAUCCAUCAAACAACUUAUGUUUACAAAGAACUUUUAUCACUUACAAGGGGUUUUAAGCACAUUGUCUUAUUUGAUGCCCAGAACUUUCCUUGGUAGGCAAGACAGAUGUUGUUUUUCCCAUAUGACAGAUGAGGAAACUGAAGCUCACAGGGUUGAUUUGUUCAAGGCCAUACUGCUAAGAGACAGAUCUAAGACCUAGGUCUUCUGAACUCAAAUCCAUCACUUUUCAACUAAAUCAAGUUGCUAUUCAGAAUAAUACUUAGUAUCUCCUCUCUUCAAAACUAUCAGUAGCCCAAAGCUCAUGGAUGACAAGUCUCUGCUUUAUUUCUAGUCUCUCAUUUUUUACUUUUUAGCUCCUGUUGCAACAUCGAGUUUAAUGGACUAAACACAGGGCAUCAUUCUCUCUUGCAUCACCCAUGUGCCUUUGAUGAGUCAGGGAACAAACUGCAAUGGAUAAUGGGAAAGGCUAGAGGCUGCAAAAGCCAGUCAAGGGACAGGAGAGAAAGGGAAGGGAAGAACAGGACACCAAGGCUAAUUUACAUUGUAGAAGAGAAAGAACUAAAGGGCAGUUAGAUGUGUUAGACAGAGACUUGCUAAGGAGUAGCAGCAAGGUGCCUGACAAGUGGUAUCAGCUGUUAUUAAUUUUUUGAGAUUCCAUCAGCUCUGCCUCUGUGCUCUUUCUUCUUCCUAACAUGAAGGUAUCAUGAGAUGAGAAUCUUCUCAGCUAAGCUGUAAUUCUAAACCUACACCUGCCCCUCCCCAGCAAGAUGCCAGCACUGCACUUAAUCUAGUUAUACUACACACACCCAGCUAUGGAAAAUCCAGAGUUCCAGAAGAAAAGAAUUGAUUUUACGUGAUAUACAUAAGAUGUUUGAAGCCACACUGCCUCCAAUUCUGAACAAUCACUGUAAGUCAUUCUCAAGUCCAGACAUAAGAAUUCCUGCCAGGGAGUGGGCCCCUGAGUGGAUGCUCAGGAAAUAGCCAUACUGAUGAAAUUAUUCCCAAAGAACAAAUAAUUGCUUACGGCAGUAGUGGAACCAUGUGAGCCUGCUCAGCUUUGCCUAACAAGAAAUGGGAGCCUUCACCUUAAAAAUAGUGAGCAAACAGCAGCUAGAAGCUUGGAGAGGGAGUAUGUUUGUUUUUUAACGUUUACAAAUAUUAAGUACUCUUGAUACUUAUAAAGAUUGUUGCAGUAAAGUAAUACCCUCAGUUCUGUGCAUUUAUAGAUUAGCUAUUUAAAAAAAACAAACAUGUCAGUAAGAUUGUACAAGGAAAAUUAGAGAAGGUACAUUUGGGGUAUAUUUUUUAUGCUUGGCCAGUAAAAUAGGAUAAAUCCUAUCAGAACACAAUUUUUUAAAGAACAUUUUUGUAAGUUUUCUAAUUAUGUAUGUAUUAUGCAGUGGUAUGAGAAAUGACCUUGAACCACUUUGCAAUUGUAGAUUCCAAACAAUAAAACUGAAGAUAUGCUCUUUGA